AUGUCUGAACAAAACCCUGAUCUUUUUGUAAAAGAAGAAAAUAAUCCUGCACAUCCAUGGGAAAAAUAUAUUAAGGACAUUUAUUUACCAACCUAUAAAUAUGGCCAUAAUUCUGCAAGAAAUGCUAUUAUUUACCCACCACCCAAGGUCGGCAAAACUCCUAAUACAAACAGGGUGAAAUUUACUGUGAUUGGUAACAGAGUCACAAAAGAAUUUAUUUAUUGUAUGAAAUUAGUAAAAGGGCUGCAUAAAUAUCGAUGGAAAAGCUUCGACGUUCCAGAUAUACGGGCCGUUACAAGCGUGGAAUGGCCAAAAAUAUGGAAUGAUUUAAAAAUCCAGUUCGGCGGUAACGCAUAUUGCUUGCAAUCUCAAGUCGCCGUCUUAGCAAAUGGUCAAUUUCUUGGCGGAGAAAAGGAUUUAAAAGAAUUAAUCGAGUCAAAAUAUGUUUACCAUUUGAAACUUGAUUAUUAUGACGAAGCUGUUCAAUUAUUUUCCAAUUUUGUUAAAUCAUCGGGAAGACCAUGUGCGUAUUUUCAAGUUUCCAUUAAUGAGCAAGAUAUCGGAACAAUGAUAUUUAUGUUAUACAGUGAUAUAGCCCCGAGAACUUGUGAAAAUUUCCUCCGACUAUGUAAGGAAAAGAAGUGCGGAUACUCAGGUACUCCAGUACAUCGUAUAGUAAAAGACAGUUGGAUCCAAUGCGGUGGAUUUGGACUUAAAGAUUCAGGACUGGACUGUGAAAACUUUAUUGUGCCUCAUGAUCGACGAGGAGUUCUGGGCAUGGCCAAUGAUGGCAGACAUGUCGAUUGUUCCACACAAUUCUUCGUUUUAUUGCAACCGCAAACGUGGAUGGCCUUCAAAUAUGUCGCAUUUGGUCAACUCAUCAGCGGCGGGGAGACUCUUAAAAAGAUAGAAGAAGUUCCUACUUGGUACGAAUCUCCGUCAAAGAGGAUCAUAUUCCACAAUGCCGGUAUUCUAAAUAUGGAGUGCAAAGACAUAGCAAUAAAUAAGAAUACUACCAAGUAUCUAGAUGGACACAUUGAAUAUCUUCACGCCUUAGGAGAAAUGUUUUAUGAGGCAAUACUAGAGAAAGUAUUUCACCAAGCCGAUCACAGACGUAGAGGUGGACACAUUGAGGACGCGUCUAUUGUUGGAGAAUAUGUUGCCGAAGAAUAUGCUGCCGAAGAAGAUACUGCCGGAGAAGAUGCUGCCGAUUUACGGUCAACACAAAGAUUUAUGCGCAAUAAAGAUGAAAUAGAUAAACAAUUAGUAAAAAUUGCGGAUGAGCGCAGCCCCUCAGCCCAUUCUGAAAAAGUCGAAAAUGACUUGGAUCCUGACAACUUUGAAUACGAAAUCGAAGAGUACUUGUAUAAACAAGCGACUAGACCGGUAACAGCAAGCGAAAAAGCAAAACGAGAACAACCCUACUAUCUACCUUUUACAGAUGUACCGUACAUUGGAGAGGUGGACUCCGAUUUUAAUCUUAGGAGAUUAAUCCAAGGCGAUUAUUGUCUAGAGGCUGACUUAGACAAGGAACUUCGCAAAAAACCUGUUAAACCUGAACACCGAAUAUCUUACCCUUCGGAAUUAUGCGCAGCGUUCGACACGCCAUCUACGGAAUCCGAUUCUCAAAUCAGUAUAGACACUGAACACCAGAGAGAAGUACAGAAAUACCUUAGAUCAAAUGCGGACCGCGUGAGUUUUGCAGGCGGUACCGUAACAGCAGUGGCUAAGAAGGGAAAAUUUAAUUUAUAUGAACGACAAAAACAGUCGGAUGCAAUCACAGAUGAGAUCCUACGGAAAUAUAAAAUGGUUGAAGAUGAAUUGCGAGCUAAUAAAGAGAAAAAAGUGUCAAUCAGCACACCCCAUAGUCCUUAUGACAAACAUAAAGAAAUAAAACGACGUCAAACCGGAUUCGUUCGACCGGAAGAUAUGGCUACACUAAUCAAAUUCCAAAAAGAAGACCCAGAUGAAGAAACCGAGGAGGAUGACCUUGAAAUUUAUCUUCCAUAUACUAGACAAAUACGUAUCAGCCAGGUGAAUGAGCCGCUCACAGAAGCUGAUAAAGCACUAAAGAAGAAAACAAAACGACGCCAAACUGGUUUCGUCCGUAAGGAUGACUUGGAAAAAUUGGAAAUUUUCCACAAAAAGGAUGAAACCUAUGACAAAGAUAAUUAUGAAGACGUAGAAGAUGAUGCUGAUGAUGAUGAUGAUGAUGAUGAUGGUGAUGAUGAUAAGGAAAGAACAGUUAGGAAGAGCCAUGAUUCAAAAAGAAGCUCGCGUGAUAAGGACGAUGCACGCUCAAGUCGGAUUAGGGCCCGGUUCUCGAUGGAUGAAGAAGAAUACGAGCAGCUAACCAAGGAGGAAAGACCGUCUUUAAUCGGGCGUCUCCUCGAAGCUACCUCGACCUAUAAUGAUCUAGAUCCACUGCCAACUUUGAAGGAGUUUAAAACCUUCGCGGAAAUGCAUGAACAGAGAAAUAACAUAUUCCUCACAAAAAACUCCGAGCCGAGCAGACAAUUAUUAGUGAGGGAUGAAUCACGUGAAAAUUAUUUGAAACGUCACUCCCUAUCAGUAGAAAUUCCUCAGAAAUCCAUUGACCAAGUGCUUUUACUACAACACGGGAAGAAAGUUUAUCGCAAAAUAUCUUCGGACUAUGUCAAAACUAUCGACCACAUUGAACAGAAGCAAGAGAAUUCUUUAAGGAGUUUAGAAUAUGCCAAGCUGCGGCCAGCAAUAUCAGUGAAAGAUUAUCAGAAGAUGAACCAAGAAUAUCAAGCUAGAGCAAAGGAAGAUGCCAAUGAAAGCAAAAUUAAGAAUACGCUCGAAAGUGAUUCAACUACUAAAACUUCGCAAUUUGAAAAGGGUCUGAGAGUUCCAGGGGAUACACCUCCUUGCAAUUCUUCGACAGAGGUCCUUUCAACCUUGAGAUCUACAACAACACUUUAA